AUGCACUGGAAUCACUUGAAUCCACUGGACUCCAGUGGAAUCCAGUGGACUAUGACUGGACUUGUAGUCCACUGGACUGGGACUGGACUCAGGAAAGUGGCUUGUAGUCCACCAACUUGGCCUAGCAACUGGGCCACUGGAAUCCACUGGACUCCACUGGACUCCACUGGAAUCCACAUGGAUUAUGUGGGGGAUGGUAAAGACCUCCCUCGCGUCUGUUACAUGAGAUAUGGAGGUAUGCCUUUGGCUGCGAAAGCCGAAAUCAUGCAAUCGGAAUACAAAAACUCAAGGCAAGUUCUCUCAAUUCUUUCACCAGAAGUCCUUCGGUUUUUGGAUCUUGAAGCUCAGGUAUCCAAGGUGGAAACAGAUGAUCAGAUUGGCAGCGAUGAAGGUGAUCUAAUCGACAACGACGAAGACAUUGACGAGUCAAAUUCGGGAGAUGCACACCGGAACCUUCUCCGUGAAGUGAUGAUGCCCUCCGAUGAUGACGCAUUCUGGGAAAGCUUUCUCGAGUGUGUCACGGCUUAUCAACAUAAUGUGGAAGAAGACGUUCAAGAUAUUGGAAAGGGAGGUCUUUACCUUCCCUGGAUAUGA